GUGAGCUCAGGGAUAUAUUGGAUAUUAUUUAUCAGUAGCAAUAAUAACCAGCUAAAAUUCUGGACUAUUAGAGCUAGUCACCAUUCCAGUAGAAGCACAGUCAGCGUCAGAAGGGAUCAUUUUUAUGAAUAGCUUAACCAGCACUCAAAGUAAUAACUGCAGGAACUAAUUAUCCAUCCUGUUAAUAAAUCAAGUAGUAUGCUUAAGUUAGGUAUAGUAUUGAAAAUUAUGCUAUCAAAACAUGAAUAAAAGUACAGUCAGUAAUGAAAAUUGCAUAAUGGCAAACUAAGAUUGUAAACUAGGCCAGGUGUUCUUAAUUGGGAAAAUGGUUCAAAGGCCAUUGUUGCUUUUUAUUUGGAAAAAUACCUUCACAGUUUGGUUAGUUUUAAAAACUGUUAACAGAAGUAAUAGAUAAUGGUAAUAGUUAACAUUUAUUGAGCUAUUAAUAUGUGCAAGGCUUUGUACUAAAUGCUAUACAUAAAUUAAUCUCUUCAUUUUUACAACAUCUCUAUAAGGUAGGCACUAUUUUAUCCCCAUUUUAUAGUUGGGGAAACUGAGGCUCACACAGGUUAAAUGAUUCACUCAAGGUCUCACAGCUGGCAAAUGAAGAAUCUGGGAUUUCAAUACGGGCUAAUCCACAGUUUUUUAUAUGUAUAUAGGCAGUCCCCGGAUUAUAAACAAGUUCUAUCCCUAAGUCUGUCUUAAAGUUAAAUUUGUUUGUAAGUCGGAACAGUUAGGUACGGUUCAUAUCUAACAUCAGUUAUUCAAAUAUUUGUCUCAUUAUACAGUAUGCAGUGUACUUUUCUGUGCAUAAAAAACAUUAAACAAACACAUAUACACUUAAACAUCUUUAACGUAAUAAUACAGUAAUAAUAAUGUUUCGAUGUGCAUCACAGAAUAACGUCUGUUUCUUAUUAUGAACCACUGUAUGUACCUUGAAUUUUUAAUAUAAUAGGCUUUACUGGGGUUGAUUUGUAGCUAGGAAUUGUACGUAAGUGGGACAUUUGUAACUCAGGACAAGAGUUCAGUCCCCGGGUUAAGAAUUCCCAGUUUAUGGACAACUUGUACUUAACAAUAGACUUGCCAUAAAGCCUAUUGUAUUAAAAAUUUUAGUUAAAUACAGUGAUUCAUGAUAAGAACACAUGGGCUACUCUCAUUGCGUGGCUUCAGGGGGUUAUUGGCUCGUGGAAGGAGAAUGCCAUCCGCCUUUUUAAGUUGGAUCACGUUGCGGAAUAACACUGUGUUGAGUGUGUAACUUUGUAUGUGGCUUAAAUUCUCUCUUAUUUACCCUUGUAACCAUGCCUCCAAAGCGUAAAUCCGAUGCAAGUGCUGGUGAUGCAUCGAAGAAAAGGAAAACGAUCACGAUUGAAAAUAAAGUGGAAAUAAUAAAACGAUCGGAAAGAGGUGAAACGCCAUCGGUCAUUGGAAAAGCGUUAGGCUACAGUCGGUCAACGGUUGGAACAAUUUUAAAGGAUAAAGUGAGAAUAAUGGAGCAUGUGAAAGGCUCUGCCCCGAUGACAGCUACAAUUAUUACUAAGCAUCGCAGUGAUUUACUUAUUGAAAUGGAAAGGCUAUUGGUAAUCUGGUUAGACAAUCAAAAUCAGUUUAAUAUGCCUAUUAGCCUUACUUCAGUGCAAGAAAAGGCUCGAAGCCUUUUCAAUGAUUUAAAAGCUGCACGGGCAGCAAGUGAAGGUGAUUGUGAGGAAGAAUUUGUUGCAAGUAGGGGUUGGUUCAAUCGUUUCAAAGUGAGGGCAAAUUUACAUAAUAUUAAUUUACAUCGAUGGAACAAGAGUAAGUGUUAACCUUUAAUCAUGAUCUUUUCUCUUUUUUUCUCUAAACUGUUUUAAGAACAGUUUCUUUAAUUUUUUUUACAGUACCGUGUACCUACACACAUACACAGAUUCUUUCUUCAGUAUAGUACUAUUGUAGUUAUUUUCAUUAUUACUGUAUUAUGUUUAAGAUGUUUUAGUGUAUUUGGAAGUGUUUCUUAAGUGUUUUAUAUUCAUAGAAAGGUAAAAUAUAUACUGUAUAUACUAAGACAAACAUCUGACUAACUGACGCUAAAUAAGAACUGUAUGUACUUGUUCCGACUUACCUACAAAUUCGACUUAAAGACAGACUUAGGAACAAAUCUCGUUCGUAACCUGGGGACUGCUUGUACAUGCAUACGUACUUGUAUGUUGUGUAUAUAAAUGUAUACUUUUAAAAAAAAUGGAGGCAUUGCCUAGAGCAACCAUUCUCAGAGUGUAGCCUGCAGUUCCCUGUGGUUCCCUAAGAUUCUUUCAGUGGUCUGGGACAUCAAAACUACUGUCAUACUCAUACUGAGACUCUAUUCGCCUUUUCCACUGUGUUGACAUUUGCACUUCUGAUGCAAAAGCAAUGGUAGGUAAACUACCAGUGCCUAAGUGUGAGUCAAAGCAUUUGUGCCAAACUGUACUGAUGGUUUUUGUAUUAGUCACAACCAAGCCCUUGAAGUAAAAAUUCCAGUUUCACUCAGAAAUUUCCUUGAUGAAGUAUUACAGUGUUAUUAAUUUUGUUAACUGUCUACCCUGGAAUACAUGUCCCUUUUGAUAUUCCAUGUGAUGAAAUGAGUAGUGUGCUUGAGGUACCUGUGUGUGAAGUACGGUGGUUGUCUUGCAGAAAAGCACGAGUGUAACUGUUUGAGUUGCAAGCUGAACUGCCUGCUUUUUAAGAUGGCAUACCAUUUUUACUUGAAGGAGUGACUAACAAACAAACCACAGUGUAUUAGUUUUUAUUUCUGUGUAUCAGUAUUACCACAAGGUCAGUGUCUCAAAGCAACACACAUUAUCUCACAGUUUCUGUGAGUCAGAUUCUCACAAGGCUACAUUCAAGGUGUGGGCCCCAAGGCAGUGAUCUCAUCUGAGACUAGACUGGAGAAGUAUCUGCUUCUAAGUUGAUGUGGUUGCUGGCAGCAUUCAGUUCCUCGUGGGUUGUUGCACUGAACCUCAGUAUCUUGCUGGCUCUUAUUUGACCCCUUGGCACGUGGGCCUACCCGACAUGACUGUUGGCUUCCUCAAAGCCAGCAAGGGAGAGAGAGUCCUCAGGAAGAUGGGCACUGCAGCUGUAUGCAAUAUAGUCACGCACACAGAGUCAUUUACACCCCGAUACUUUUGCCAGAUUAUACUGGUUAGAAGCAAGUCACAGGUCCCACCCUCACUGAGAGGGAGAUCCUGUAGAAGGGUGUGAAUAUCAGGAGACGGGAAUCAUGGAGGUCACUUUAGAGUCUGUCCACUACACACAGUUAUCAGUCUUGGGUAUUCGGCAGACAUUUUCUCAAAAUUGAACUAAGUGCACCUGCUAUUUCAAGGAAAAUAACAAUAGUGUUUAUUUCCAAUGAUAAAAUUUGAACUUUGAAGCAAAAAUUAGGAUUUUGGAAAAGUUAUAUCUAUCACCAUGAUCUUUACAACUUCCCAAUACUUAAAGACUUUUCCGAUGAAGCAGAUGUUAUUAUUGAGUAUGAUUUUUUGAUACUUUGUAAUAAACUGUUAACAUUUGGAAGAGCUGUAUAAUUUAGUGAAACCGGAUAACCAGUGCAUGAUGUUACAAAAUCAUGCAUAGGUAAAAGAUCCAUUUAAAGUGUAAGGUAGACCAGUGAUCUUAAGGGAACAACAGAAAGUUUUGUUCAGUGAUACAGUUUCAGAUUCCACAUUGCAAAAAACUUGUAAGAAACUACCAACUGUUGAGUUUUGGUAGAGUAUCCAAGAAGCAUAUUCAUCGUUACUCUAAAAAGCUAUUAAAAUACUCCCCUUUUCAACUACAUAUCUUUGGGAAACAGAGUUUUCUUUAUAUCCUUCAACCAAAACAACGUUAACAGAUUGGAAAGCAGAGACAGACACAAGACCAGAACUGUCUUUGAUUAAGUUAGACAUUAAAGAGGUUUGCAAGAAUGUGAAAGAGUGCCACUCUUUUCAUUAAUGUUUGUUGUUGUUGUUUGGAAAAUAGUCAUUUCUCAAAAAUGUUAUUUAUGUUAACCUGUAAUGGGUAUGCUAUUGUUAUUUUAAAAUGAAUUAAUAAACAAAUGUUGUAAAAAUUUCUCUGUUUUAAUUUUUAAUAUGGUAAAUAUCAAUAGAUAUAACCCACAUAAACAAAAAGUCUUUUGGGUCCUCAGUAAUGUUUACAAUGUGUAAAGGGGUCCGAAACCAGAGUUAAGAGUACUGCUGCCUUAGAGAAAUAGUAGUAAAUUUUUCUUAAAACAUUUGUUCUUUAGGCAGUAAAGAGAAUAACUGCAUAAGCACCUAUUAAUUUUAUUGAAAAUUUUGAAGUUCAAAACCAGAACUGAAUUUAACUAUUUUUAGUAUAAAUAGUAUAUUUUUUCUUAACUUAUUUCGUAUAUUACUAUGAAGUAAUGUACAUACCUAUUAACACUAAAAAUUGAUAUUUCGAGAUACUGUCUUUCAUAGAGACUUACUAAAUUUUAUUUUAAUUUACACAGAAAUGAAAAGGAAGACUUCAACCUUUUAAGUCUAUUGCUAAAUGAGCUCAACUCGCACUUAAAUUUUGAAGAUGUUGUGUAUCACAAAAUUACUGUUUGACUUGACCCAGGACACAGGAUUAUCACAUUACCAAGGGGCACCGGCACUUUCUAUAGCAGGUAUGAAUGAAAGUUCGUUUGUAUCAAAACGUCCUUCUACUUCUGAAGUAAACAGUGUUAAUCCCAAAAAGCCUAAGCCCAGUGAAGGUGUUUCUGGAACAAGUUCCUCAGGAGCAUUCUCUUCAGUUACAUCUGCUUCAGUGACAUCUCCCCAGGCUAUGCCAUCAAAAGGUACAAAUACCUCAUCAAAUCAAUCUAAAAAUGGAACACCGUUUCCAAGAGCUUGUCCAAAAUGCAAUAUUCAUUUCAAUCUUCUGGAUCCUUUGAAAAAUCACAUGAAGUAUUGUUGUCCAGACAUGAUAAAUAACUUUUUGGGACUGGCUAAAACAGAUUUUUCAAGUACAACAAAUAAAAAUAAGACUGUUGAUUCAGAGAAAGGAAAGUUGAUCAUGUUAGUUAAUGACUUUUAUUAUGGAAAACAUGAAGGAGAUAUCCAGGAAGAACAGAAGACUCACACAACCUUUAAAUGCUUCAGUUGCUUGAAAGUUCUUAAAAAUAAUAUUAGGUUCAUGAACCACAUGAAGCACCAUUUGGAGCUUGAGAAGCAGAGCAGCGAGAGCUGGGAAAACCACACCACCUGUCAGCACUGCUACCGCCAGUUCCCCACGCCAUUCCAGCUACAGUGUCACAUCGAGAGCACACACACCCCCCACGGGUUUUCUACUAUUUGUAAAAUCUGUGAAUUAUCAUUUGAAACAGAACAUGUUCUUUUACAACAUAUGAAGGACAAUCAUAAACCCGGUGAGAUGCCAUAUAUUUGCCAGGUUUGCAAUUAUAGAUCAUCAUCAUUUUCUGAUGUCGAAACUCAUUUUAGAACAUCCCAUGAAAACACUAAAAACUUGCUAUGUCCAUUUUGCCUCAAAGUUAUUAAAAUUGCAACACCCUAUAUGCAUCAUUACAUGAAGCAUCAGAAAAAGGGAAUACAUCGUUGCACAAAAUGCAGACUGCAAUUUUUGACUUGCAAGGAGAAAAUGGAUCACAAGACUCAGCAUCAUCGAACAUUUAUAAAACCUAAACAACUAGAAGGAUUGCCUCCUGGAACAAAAGUUACUAUUCGAGCUUCAGUUGGACCCCUUCAAUCAGGAUCUUUACCUACACCUUCCAUUAGUGCAAGCACUUCUACCCUUCAGCUCUCACCUCCAAGGACUAAAACUUUAACGGCUAAAAAUCCUAUAAAGUCUAAUACAAAUAAACCUAACGCACCUAAACCCAGUGCAAGUAAACCUAAUGCGAGUAAGCCGCCUAAUGGAAGUAAAUCUAAAUGCAAACCCAAAAUCUCUAAUAUGCAAAAGAAACAAAACACAUUGACUGGUAGCAAUAAAAAAAGUAAAGUCAAUACAGCAUUGAGGAACUUAAGGUGUCGUCGGGGAGUUUACAACUGCAUUGAAUGUUGUUCCGAAAUAAAAGAUUUUGCAAACCAUUUUCCUACAUAUGUCCACUGUAGUUUUUGCAGAUACAACACUAGCUGUAGCAAAGCCUAUGUAAAUCAUAUGAUGAGCUUUCAUAGUAACCGUCCAAGUAAAAGGUUCUGUAUUUUUAAGAAGCAUUCAGAAGAUCUCAGGGGCAUUACUAUAGUGUGCCUUAAUUGUGAUUUCCUAACUGAUGUUUCUGGCUUAGAUAAUAUGGCUACACACUUAAGUCAACGUGAAACUCAUACUUGCCAAGUUAUAAUGAAGACUGUUUCUGUUUGUAUCCCAACUUCUGAACAUCUUUCUGAAUUAAAAAAUGAAACUCCCACUGUGGAACAAGAACCUGUGUCAGAGGACAUUUCAAGACCUAAUGUGGCUGAAGGAGAAACAGAAACAUCAAAGUCUGAAUGUAAACAAGAUAAAGCUUCAUCAGAAGAAGAAAAAAAUGGAUGUGAUGCAAGUUCAUUUGAAGGCUCAUCAGUAACAAAAAGUGAAGAAAGUAUAGCAGUUUCACUUAAGAAAAAUGAUACCUGUCUUACAGACCAGGAAACUGGCUCAAAGAAAAUCUUCGGUUAUGAUUCAAAUAUUGGUGAAGAUAAAGUGGAAAAGGAAAAACAAAUAGAACUCAUUGGUCCGGAAACAGUGUUGAAGAUGCGCCCAAGUUCAGAAAACACAGUUUCGUGUGAUCCGAUUAAAGCUCACAGCUCCGGUGAAGCUAGGCUUCCUUCUAAGAAUAUCAAGGAUUUGCGGUUAACGUCGGGUGAUGUCAGCAUUGAUCAGUUUUUGAGAAAAAGAGAUGAACCUGAAUCUGCUAGUUCUGAUGUUAGUGAGCACGGCAGAAUUCAUUUGGAACCUUUAACUCCAUCCGAGGUACUUGAGUAUGAAGCCACAGAAAUCUUUCAGAAAGGUAGUGGUGAUCCUUCAGCCAAGACUGAUGAAGUAGUGUCUGAUCAAGCCGAUGACGUUCCUAGAGGAAGUAGCCCUAACACAACAGGAACAGCAGCAGACCUGGCAGGUGACAGAGAAAGGAGGUGAGGUUGACGUGUCGUUCUGAGUUUUAGUGCAUCAGCGGUAGGAGCGUUUGGAGCAUGCUCACAGGUGCGCUCAGUGGUGCUGCUGUAGAGUUCAGAACUAGAAACAUCCAGGGAGGUCAUUCACACGCUUACGUAUAUGUUCAACCUAGAUUGUUAAAUGCAUCAGUUCACCAAUAAUACCACCAUUAGUAUGGCUUUCUAAGACUUCUUUUUUUUUUAAAUGAGUAGGAUUUUAGUGAAGGUUCCAUUUGCAAUUUAACAGUCUCUAAGAAAACAGGACUUGGUUGCCAAUAUGAAUUGAGUUACAAGAGUAUUAAUUAUAUUCAUAAAGCUUUUGAAACUUCCAUAAGUUCUAAGGUAAAAACCCUUAUCACCUGUAUAUCCUUCUCAGUUAAUUUAAGAAAGAGAUUUGGAAACCUACGUUUUGGGAAUGAUUUUUUUAACAUAAUGGUAGAUUGGCAUUGUUAACAAAGGCAUUACGUUGAGUAUAAUGCUGGUAUAUGAAGCUUGCUUAGAGUGCCGUUUUCAAAAUGAGAAUCUGGGUGAACAUAAACUUAAUUUUGGAUUUAAUACAACAUUCCAGACUGUCUGAAGCAUGUACACAGAAUAUUUGAAUCUCUGUACCUCCACAGAAGUGUUAGCCUGCCAGGCUGUAAGCUUACCUUCAUUAAACUUUCAGUGAAAGUGAACUUAUUACAAUAUGAGUUUAUAUUUGUGCUUUUUCGUCAGUGUAAGCUGUGCAGAAAUCCCUUGAUGUACUAGUUGUAUAAACCCAUUGUUGAAACCCCUGUAGCUAUUAUGCUUUUAACAUUGUUUUAAUGAUCUUCAUUAUAAAUAAACCCAUAAAAAUGGUCUGGAAACCAAACCAAAGUAUGGUAUAAUGUAAAAACUGUAAAGCAGUACACUGAAAACAUGUCCUGGCAUAUAUUCAGCCAUGUUUAAGUGAGUUUAAUUGUAAAAUAGAAAUUUCAAAUGGGACCUAAAGCAGUGAUGUAAAAAUUCAUUUUGGGAAUUUAGCCUAAUUUAUCCACAGGAUGGCUGCUAAAUUCAGUUGUUUUUUUAUCAUCUAGAAAAUAAUAGAUAUAGAAAUGAAUAAUGUGAAUAACAGUAGUUUGCUUUGAAGUACUAAUAAACUUUUAUUUAAAAUGCUGCAUUUUUCUUAAAUAUGCUUUGAAUUCUUAGAUUUGUUUCACUGAAUGUUAAAUGUUUUAAACAGCUAUUGAAAUUCUGCUGUAAAUAGUAGUUUUUGAGUAAAUAUUUGCAAUAAAAAUCUGUCUCUUGAAUAAUUUUGUUUUUCAGAUCACUGCUUGAGUCAGAUUACCUUUGGCGCCUUUAGAAAUUGUAUACUUGUUCUAAGAAAUGUUAAACUUAGUAGUAAGAUGUUAUUCUAUGUUCUUUAACUGCUACAUGCUUUAUUAUUUUAAACUAGGCCUUAAAAAUACAGUGGACAAUACUGCUAAUAUUUAGAGCAAACAGAUUUGCUUUAUGAAUUCUUCACUUCAAGCAAAAUGUAGUUUAUAGUUUUCUAUCUGAUAGGCAACUUAAAGGGGCUAAAUAGGUAACAUAUAAAUAUUGAAUUCUUUUCUUGAAGGUCUUCAAAUAUAUAUGCAUAUAUUUUGGGGGAGGGACAAAUAUUGUCAUGUUUCUUGCUCCAAAGAAAAGAUAAGGAGAGAGGGACCAAUUAGCUGUCACCUUGAAACACAAGUCUAUAGCAGGGGAGAUUGUUUGGAGUAAUUCUAAACCUUAGAAGGAUAGGAAGUAGAAAAGACCACUGUGUGUAUAUAAAGACCACUCUCCGAGUCACAUUCAGUUUGUCGUCAAACCUAUCACCGAAUGCUGCAGAACCUUAGAACACAGUGCCAAGUCAGUCUCUAAGCAACACUGCGAUCCCUUCUGAGCUGUGUGUAGCUCCUUCUCCUGCCCCCAUAUAGCCUUUUAAAGUAGUGAUAUGCAGAGUAGCUGAUCGGUGAACUGUUUGUUACCUAUCCACUAUAAGAAAAGGAACCUGUACCAGAUUAUAAGGCCCGCAUGGAGAAAGUCUAGCAAAGAAAAAAAGUAAAUAAAUAAAAUGGUACUUGAACUGAAAUACUGUGCUUGUAGCAUACUUGGUUUCCCUUCUCACAGAAUCUCCUCAUCACUGAUCAGGAACCAUUAAUUUGGGUAUACAAACCAAAUCUUUGAGUAGCAGUGCUUUGAUAAACAAACCAAACCCA